GAGCCUAAAACCUAAUAUUCGUCUUAUAAAAUUUGAAAAAUCUUAGACAUGGCCAAAAGAUAGCGUGGAAUCUCUUCGGAGAAGACUAGAAGAGUGGGCUUGUACAAGUAGAUGGUUGGCAAAGAUGGUGCAAUGAGCGAGGCCGUUAUAAAAUCAAAACCCCACAAAACAAGUCGCAUUCAAGUGUUAGCCUCACACCUUCUUCCUUCUUCUUCUUCUUCUUCUUCUUCUUCAAUGGCUUCCGAGAAGGAAGCUGCUCUCGCUGCUGCUUCUACUCCCCUCGAUUCUCCCACCAUAUUUGACAAGAUUAUCAGCAAGGAAAUUCCUGCUAAUAUUGUGUUUGAGGACGAACAGGUUAUUGCUUUUAGGGACAUAAACCCACAGGCUCCAGUUCACAUUGUUAUCAUUCCUAAGGUUAAGGAUGGCUUAAGUGGACUCUCCAAGGCUGAGGAAAGGCACUGCGAGAUUAUUGGCCGCCUUCUUUACACAGCAAAGCUUGUAGCAAAGCAGGAAGGCCUUGAUGAUGGCUUCAGGAUAGUGAUUAAUGAUGGUCCAAAAGGAUGCCAAUCUGUUUAUCACAUCCACGUGCACCUUCUUGGAGGACGUCAAAUGAACUGGCCCCCUGGCUAAGACAGAUUUGUAAUAUCACUAGAGGCAGGAAACUCGUUAUCUGGCUGUCCUUUUUCUACAAAGUAACAUGUCAAUGUAAACCAAAAUAAUGCUGUUUGGGUUUUUGACUUUUCAUUUUCUUGUGCUCUAUGUACUUGUGUAAUAUUUUCAAAAUAAUGAUUGUAAACAUGAACUAGGCUUUGUGACAAUUACUCACAAUUACUCUAUAUGAUCAUGAGCAUGGACAGGGAGCCUCUUUUCUA